AUGGAGGGCAAUUCAGAAAACAAACAGGGCACUUUACCUGCACCCUCUCCAUCUCAUCGACGAAACUCCUCGAAUUCGAGCAUCUUGUCCAAGUUCCCCUUUUUGAGGACAUCACCAGAAAAGCGACGUGAACAGACCGAAAAUGCGAUCGACGACGAUGCCCAUGCGACAACCCCUCGGCCUGCUGCUCGACCAUCUGCGAGCGUGAUACAAUAUCAACGAACACGAAGACGCCGGGGAUCUCUUAGGAAAGCUGCCCUGCUUGGUCGAGGAGCACAACGCGAGCGCAGAGAAAGCAGGUCCCUGGUUAUCGACACUUCCCAUGCUUCUACAUAUGGACUCGAUCCUACGGCCGUGCAGACCCAGAGUCCGUCGCCGAUAGAAUCCUUGGAUCUAAAUGCGUCGCAGCGUACACAUGUCGAUGGGUUUGCACCUUUACCUGGAGGACUCGGCACGGCGCCUGUACUUCCUACGAAAGUGGCAUCAUUGCAUACCACAGCUCGUUCAACAGCACUGACGGAUCAAGAUGGAGCAUCUUAUACAUCUACAGAUGAGGAAGAUAUGCUCCAGAUACCCGGUAGCUCAUCGACAAUUAGGCAGAGCCUGUCAAUAUCACCAGGACCAGACUCUUACUUCAACAGUGUGAAAUCAACAUCAUCACAACGCAGACGGCUCACAAACAGAGCAAAGUCCCCAUUGUCGUUCAGUGGUUUGUCAUCCAACACAUUGCCGGCACAUGAAGACUGGGACUAUGCAGACACGGAAUGGUGGGGAUGGGUUGUUCUGUGCGUGACAUGGUUUGUGUUUGUCGUUGGAAUGGGUUCUUGUUUUGAUCUCUGGAGCUGGGCGUGGGACGUGGGCAAGACUCCAUAUGCGCCGCCAGAGUUCGAAGAUGAUGAUACUCUGCCAAUCGUAGGGUACUACCCUGCGUUAAUCAUUCUCACGGGCGUAAUGGCGUGGGUAUGGGUUGUUGUAGCUUGGGUUGGGAUGAAGUACUUCCGGCAUGCUAAAAUCAGUGGUGACUAG